UCCGGAUCAGGGUCUUGAUUGGCUGCGGUUCUGGGGACUAUAAGAGUGCGCGCCCAGCACAGAGCGGCAUCCAUUUGCUCCAGGUCAGCGCGCAGAAUGGCUCGCUCUGUGGUCGUGGGCUUUCUGAUACUUGGCUCCCUAGCCUGCUUGGAUGCCAUCCAGCGUACCCCACAAGUACAAGUGUACACACGGCACCCGGUAGAGAACGGGAAAGAAAACUACCUGAACUGCUACGUGUCGCAGUUUCACCCGCCCCAGAUUGAAAUUGAGCUACUGAAGAACGGGGUGAAGAUGGACAAGGUCGAGCUGUCAGAUCUGUCCUUCAGCAAGGACUGGUCUUUCUAUCUCCUGGCUCACUCUGAGUUCAUACCCAAUGGGAAGGACAAAUAUGCCUGCAGAGUUUCACAUAUCACUCUGAAGGAACCCAAGGUGGUCAACUGGGAUCCAGACAUGUAAUCAAGCAUCAUGGAGAUCUGAAGAUGCUUCAUUUGGACCAAUUUAAUUCUAAAGUAUUUCUCAAUUUUUAACAUGCUGUACAAUGUAUGCACGCAGUGGGGAAUACUAAUGACACAUUAUCUUUAUAACCUUCAACUCUGCAUGUUUUCCAAAAAAGUGAAGACUAACAUCUUAGAUAUCUGAAAUAUAAAACAUCAAUGAGUAUUUUGAUCAGAAAUAAACCAUUUUGAUAAUUUUAAAGAAAAAUAUCUGCUGGUAAAUAUAAUUAAAAACAAUAGUUGAUCAUAUAUCAAACCUUUUGUACAUCUUAUUAGUUGGAUGCAAUUAUUCAUCCUUGGUCUAUCACAACAUAAAUCAGUUUUUAAAAAUCUAAGAAAUCU